UCAGCUAGAAUUUUUGCUAUUUUUAUGUCUGAUGAUAUUACCUUACAGAAGAGGAAUAGGGCCAUGUCUCCCAUUGGGCAGGGACAGGCUGAGGGGUCUGACUAAGGGGAUGGAGAGCUUUGAACGAGGGAGUUAUAAAUUGUUUAAGAAGGAAGACAUAUUAAGCCAAGUCAGCUGCCUCAAAUACUACUUUUAAAAGCCUUCAUAAACAAUGCCUAGACAAUCAAAACAAAGUAAUUAGCUUGGUAAUUUAGACACUGAGUUCUCUAUUGGCUUGGCAUUGGGGCCCAGAUCAUUCUGAUUUCAUGAGUCCUCUCCAAAGGAAUCCAGAAAUUAAAAGAUCAGUUAAUAAUAUUAACAAUAAAUCCCAUCUCCUUCCCUGACAACAAGCUUGCUGAGGUACCUGUUUAUCAGUUGGACCUUGGCUGGGGACUCAAGAGGUGGAUGUGAAAAAGUAGUCUCUAGCCCAGGGGGUGAAGAGCCCCAGCUGCAGUGGGGUUCUGGUCUUUCAUUUGUUGCUAACAUUUGGGCCUAAAAGCAACGGUGGGGAGCCCAAGGUAGGUAAAUGUAGGUGGUGGUUGAUGGGAAAGUGUAGUCUGUACAUGUCACCCUUUUUGUACCUCUCUUCACACCCUGCUUUCCCAAGGUGUGGCUCUAUACCUUGCCCCACUGCCUAGGUCUCCAUUUGCCACUUUGGUGGAAUAGUCCUAUGGAAGGGUAAAUAAAGAGACAUCUGGUGAAGACUGAAUAAAGUGGAAUGGAUGGACCCCAUUCUGUAAGACCUCAAAGGGGGAUUAAUUAUCUUAGAAUCCUAGACUUUUAGAGCAAAGAGGAUCUCAGACUCUUUUCUUCACAGAUAAAUCUGAGGCCAAGAAGGGACACGACUGCAGUGAAAUAAUACAGCUAGUGUCACUAUUGUUUGUCUUCCCAAGCUCCCCUGCAUAUAUGGUGAGGACUCAAUAAAUGUCAGCUAUGUGGAAGGGCUCAGGAAAGGCAAAAAUACAGUAGUUUCCCUUAUCUGCGGUUUUGCUUUCUGCUGUUUCAGUUACCGGUGGUGGUCAGUUGCAAAGCAAAUGAAUCUGUCCUCAGGUCAGUAGUAGCCUGACGCUACUUUACAAUGCCCACCUCAUUCCCCUCACUUCCUCCUGUCAUGUAGGCAUUGUAUCAUCUCAAAUCAUCAUAAAAAGUGUGAGUACAGUACAGUUAGAUAUUUUGAGAGCGAGAUACCACCCAUUUACAUAAUUUUUUUACAGUAUAUUGUUAUGAUUGUUCUAUUUUAUUAGUUUUUUGUUAAUCUCUGUAAUUUAUUAUUUAUUUAUUUUUUUUGUGAGGAUGAUCAGCCCUGAGCUAACAUCUGCCAAUCCUCCUCAUUUUGCCGAGGAAGACCGGCCCUGAGCUAACAUUGGUGCUCAUCUUCCUCCACUUUAUAUGGGACACCGCCACAGCAUGGCCUGAGAAGCGGUGCGACCCCGGGAUCCCAACCAGCCAACCCCAGGCCCCCACAGCCGAACGCAUGCCCUUAACCGCUUGCGCCAAUAGGCCAGCUCCUCUGUGUGUAAUUUAUAAAACUUUAUCCUAGGUAUGUAUGUAUAUGAAAAAUCAUAGUAUAUCUAGGAUUCGGUACUAUCCGUGGUUUCAGGCAUCCACUGGGGGUCUCAAGGAUAAGGGAGUUGGAAGCUCCAACCCCUCGCUGUAGCCUGUCUCUGUUGGGGAAAUCGCCCUGUUGCCGUGACAACUGAACAUAUCCGGUCUCCAACUCCGGAAAGGAAGAGAGCGGGAACUAGUAUAUGUAUGCCCAGACUUUUUGGAAAGGCUCCGUGAGGAGAGGGGCUGGCCAGACGACCCGAGAGGGCUGGGCCAGAGGCGGUCAGGUGGCUGGAAUCCUGCUCCCUGUCUGGCGGAAGGGCGGAGCUUUGGGUUUCCAUGGAGCCGGCUUCUCCUAGCAACCUGGCGGGCGUUGAGCAGAGCCGCCGGGGCGAUGGACGCUGAGAGCCUUCUGCUGUCUCUGGAGCUGGCGUCCGGCAGUGGGCAGGGCCUCAGUCCGGACCGUCGGGCCUCACUGCUUACUUCCCUGAUGCUGGUUAAGCGCGACUACCGCUACGAUCGGGUCCUCUUCUGGGGCCGCAUCCUCGGCCUCGUCGCCGAUUACUACAUCGCUCAGGGCCUGAGCGAGGACCAGCUCGCACCGCGCAAGACACUCUACAGCCUGAACUGCAUGGAGUGGAGCCUCCUGCCCCCUGCCACAGAGGAGAUGGCGAUGCAGACGUCUGUGGUGAAGGGCCGCUUCAUGGGGGACCCCUCGCAUGAGUAUGAGCACACCCAGCUGCAGAAGGUGCACGAGGGCGAAAAGGUCUUUGAGGAAGAAGUGGUGGUCCAGAUCAAGGAAGAGACCCGCUUGGUGUCCAUCAUUGACCAGAUUGACAAGGCUGUGGCUGUCAUUCCCCGAGGCGCCCUCUUUAAGACUCCUUUUGGACCCAUCCAUGUCAAUCGGACCUUUGAAGGACUGUCCUUGUCCGAAGCCAAGAAGCUCAGUUCCUACUUCCACUUCAGGGAGCCUGUUGAGCUGAAGAACAAGACCUUGCUUGAGAAGGCCGACCUGGACCCCUCCCUGGACUUCUUGGACUCCUUGGAGCAUGACAUCCCCAAAGGGUCCUGGAGCAUCCAGAUGGAGAGGGGCAACGCCCUGGUGGUCCUGCGCAGUCUGCUCUGGCCAGGCCUUACCUUCUACCACGCUCCCCGCACCAAGAACUGUGGCUACAUCUACGUGGGCACCGGUGAGAAGAACAUAGACUUGCCCUUCAUGCUGUAGGAGAGGGCCAGCCAGGGAUUGCUUUGUAGAGUCUAAACAUUAUUUUCAUAAAUUUCAGUCAAUUUGGUCUGUUCUGUCCUGCUGCUUCCCCUCAUCUCCACCUCCAUCUGGUAUCCAGGUUCUGAGGAAAGGACCACUGAGCUGGAAGAGCCAGCUCUAAAGCAAGUGGCAGAGGGUUGGAAUGUGCUAAUGAGAGAGAUGAUGGUGGGUGGAAAUGGCAGCGGGAGAAGGUGACAGCCAGAAGCCCUUUGAGGAAGGCACCCUCUUGGACUCAGAUAAGAGCUGCAUGUAGGCCAGGCAGCCCAACUCACCUCCUUGCAGCCCCCCAGGCUGAAGAGCUAACAGCUAUCAAUAAAGAGAAUGGGAACCUGUUUGGCCCAUGAACUCCCUCCAGUUGCAUUCAUAUAGCCCAUCACAAGAGCUCAGCAACUGGCUGGAAAUGGGCUCAAGGCACCCCCCACCCC